UAUAAUAUCACUUAAGCCCCACCGAUAUCUUCGUAUCUCCGCAUAUACGAAAAUGCAGAGCUGUUACCAAAAACAGAACUGUUAUAUCCUUAACAUUAAGAACCGAACCGAACGACAGCCAACGACCUGGAUUUCUCGUACACGAAGCUCCCUUCGUUUUAUGUCGUUUAAAUUUAGUACCAAAUGCUAACAGAGCAAUCGAAAGAGAUGGGUUCUGGGUAUAUGGCAGAGCGAAAGAGAGGAAGCAACGCUCGGUUAUUUUUAUUUUUAGCAGAACGCAGCAGAACAAACGGCACGCGAACUCUGCAUUUUGAGAACACUUUCCCACAUUGAACAGACGGGCGGUGGAGAACAGGGGAAUAUAGCAGCAGUUGGUAUAUUGGGGCCUUCAAAAACGGGAACAGUUUUCUCAUGCCCCCACCCUCCAUUCUGCUUUUGACAUUGUUUUUGCAUGCGCGUGUGCCUCUGUUAACGUCGGCAGAGGCGGCACACAACGUCGACGGCCAAAGAGCGAUUUUCCUAUAACAAGUUUUUAGUACGUGUUCCGCCGUGUCAGCAGACAGUCGAGCAACUCGGUUGUGCGACGCCCGCAACAACAACAAGAAAUCAUAAAUACAACAGCAAACAAAACAAAAGCAACAAAAAAAAAAUUAUAAUAACCAACAAACCAACAAACACCAAUUUUAAAUAUUAAAAAAAAAAACACAUCAUAAUAAUUCCCGCAAAAAUAUCAGCAAUCAAAUUUUUUGAAAGUGCAAUCUGUGUUUGUUCCUAGCAUUAAACCAAUAAAUAAAGUCAAGAAAAACCAUGUCAAAAAAUCUUCAAAAAAAAUCUUUAAAAAAUAUAUAACAAGAAAAUCUUCGAAAAUCCUAAAAAAAAAAUCUCUUAAUAUCCAAAAAAAAAAAAAAAUAGUUGUGUGUGUCUGUGUUUUUUUUUUUUUGCGUGUGUGUUGGCCAACUUCCUGUGCAACCGGUCUGCAACAAAAAAAAAAAAAGGAGAAAAAAUCUCAACCAAUUCAUUCAGCAUCCGAGGCAAGUUGCACCUGCAACAAAAUACAAAAAAAAACUAAAAAAAAAAAAAAUAAAAAGAAAGAAAAGCAAUUUAUAGAAGUAGAAGUUGGCGACAUAAACCCGUUUUCUUUUUUUUUGUGGGGGGAAUAGCAACGCCUCCAAGGCCAAACACGAUAUCCACUUGGCCACAACAAAAAACACGUCGCAGGACCACAAAAAAUAUAUAGAUACAUAUAUAUAUAUAUAUAUAUAUAUAUAUACAAAAUAAAAAGUCAAGUCAAGAAAAUACAGCAGCAGUGAACAACUUUCCACAUUUUCCCCGGACAUUUUCCUUUAUGGGGCUCUUCCUAUUUCUUUUUUUUUUUCGCUUUUGUCUCCUGGUCGUGUGAAUGUGUGUGUGUGUAUUACAUAUAUCUGAUUAGUUAAGCAGGACACGUAACGCUUACCACAGCAAAAGUGACAACAACAAGCGGCCAAAAAAAAGGAGCCUCGAAUAUGAAUGACAAGCUGAAUACAAAAUGCGCGAAAAAAAAAGACAAUACAAAAUUGGUAAAUAAAAACCUGAGUUAACAAUUGCCUGGUUAAAAUGAAGAGAAUGCGCAGUCGUCUCCUGGUGCUCCCACUGAGCUUUCUACUGAUUCUGACAAUGCUUCUCCAACCGAUUGCCGUCCAAGCCAAAUCAAAGAAGAACAAAUCCAAUCAGAAUUCUCAUCACAGUGACUCAUCAUCUUCAUCAUCGACAUCGUUGAGUUCCUCAUCGUCAUCAUCUGCCUCAAAUGAAGAAAACAAACCAAAAGGCGGCGAUAAUGGUGGCCAGCAUUUUGCCAUGGAACCACAGGAUCAAACAGCAGUCGUUGGAUCCCGUGUUACGUUACCAUGCAGGGUUAUGGAGAAGGUCGGUGCCCUUCAAUGGACCAAAGAUGACUUUGGACUGGGCCAACAUCGGAAUCUCAGUGGCUUCGAACGAUAUUCGAUGGUCGGUAGUGAUGAGGAGGGUGAUUUCUCACUAGACAUAUAUCCCCUAAUGCUGGACGAUGACGCCAAGUAUCAGUGUCAGGUGGGUCCAGGACCACAAGGUGAACAGGGUAUACGAUCACGAUUUGCCAAACUGACGGUUUUAGUUCCACCGGAAGCACCGAAAAUCACACAGGGUGAUUACCUGGUAACAACCGAGGAUCGCGAAAUUGAAUUGGAAUGCGUGUCACAGGGUGGCAAGCCAGCCGCCGAAAUCACAUGGAUCGAUGGUCUGGGCAAUGUCCUUACCAAGGGCAUUGAAUAUGUCAAGGAACCUUUGGCCGAUUCACGUCGGAUUACGGCUAGAUCGAUAUUGAAAUUGGCACCUAAGAAAGAGCAUCAUAAUACAACGUUCACGUGUCAGGCUCAAAAUACAGCCGAUCGGACAUACAGAUCGGCGAAACUUCUACUUGAGGUUAAGUACGCGCCCAAAGUCACCGUUUCGGUAGUGGGCGGUGCCCUGGCAGGUGGUAAAAUUCCCGAAGGCGCCGAGGUAAUCCUUAGCUGUCAGGCCGAUGCCAAUCCCCAUGAACUAAGCUAUCGAUGGUUUAUCAACGAUGAGCUAAUGACCGGUGAUUUUACUACGAAAAUGAUUAUACACAAUGUUACAAGGCAGUAUCACGAUGCCAUUGUCAAGUGCGAGGUGGUCAAUGCAGUGGGCAAAAGCGAGGAAAGCAAGAAACUGGACAUAAGUUUUGGUCCAGUUUUUCGGCAGCGACCCGUCAGUGUAGAGGCCGAUCUGGGUGCCACUGUGAGCAUGCGUUGUGAGGUGGCUGGCAAUCCUACGCCCGAAAUCGAAUGGAUCAGCGAAAACUCUGAUAAGAUUGUUGCCCGAACACCAGAACUAAAACUAAAGGUGACCAGUGACAAGGCCGGGCGUUACUUCUGCAAAGCGGUGGUGAAUGGUUUUCCCGAAAUCGGAGCCGAGGCAACGAUUUAUGUGAAAAGAGCACCAAUCAUCACCUCCCAUAAAGUUCAAUUUGGCGGCGUUGGUGGUCGUGUUAAGAUCGAUUGCCUAGCCUUUAGUAUACCAAAAGCUGAGCAUAUACUUUGGUCAUUUGAGGGCAAGAUCAUAAAUAUGAGCAGUGCCGAUCCGGAUAUAUACAUCUUCGAAGAACAUCAUUUACCGGAGGGCGUGAGAGCAGCCCUGAUCAUUCGGGACAGUAAGGCCACACAUUUUGGCAAAUACAAUUGCACGGUUAUGAAUUCGUAUGGCGGUGACUCAUUGGUAAUAACAUUACUCCGAGAACACGGUAAUAUACCCGUACUUUUGGUAGUGAUGGGUUCCAUGUUCUGCGUGGCUAUUAUUCUGAUGAUCGUGAUGAUCAUCAUUGUGUACAGAAAGCGACGGAGUCGCAAGAAGCCAAUGCCAGCGGAUGUGAUACCAGAGGCAUCACGUGGCGGCGAUAAACUCAACGAACUGAAAAGUGAAUUGCGAUCGAAGGCCUACGAUGUAGAAUAUUCAGAGGCUGGAGGUGAUGGUCUGGCCAUAAAUCUAACCCAAUCCCCAAUGCCCGAUGUCCAGAUGAAGGGCGCAACCUUGGGUGUACCGUUGGCAGGUCCUGUGAAGUUUGAUGAACGAUUUUCUGGUGAUUUCGGUGGAGAUCGUUACAAUCGGCAGUGUCACAUCAAGAAUCUUAAGAAUCAGCAGGAGACCUCCUACAAGGGCAGUAGUCCGCAAGCUAAUGGUUAUGCCCAUUACUUUGAAUAUGCUUUGGACUAUAGCCCACCGGGUGAAGGGGCAGCCGUUGUCGUGGGUGCUAGUCUCGCCAGUGGAAAGGUCAAGAACGGUGGCAUGAACUCAGCCACGCUGCCUCACUCUGCCACCACGGUAAAUAGUGGCGGAGGUGGUAGUAAUGGCGGUGGCGCAAGUCUACCACGAAAUCAGCGACACGAACUUCAGCAGUCCCAGCAAGCAAAUGGAUUUCUCGGACAACCGCUACUUCAAAACGGCAUCGAUAGCCGAUUUAGCGCCAUCUACGGUAAUCCCUACUUAAGGACAAACUCCUCACUGUUGCCACCCCUCCCGCCGCCCAGUACCGCCAAUCCGGCGGCUACGCCCGCCCCGCCUCCCUACCAUGCCGCCCGCCAUGGACAUGUCCAUGCCCACCAUGCCACCAAUGGUGGUCUUAAGCAUUUUGUGGGCGGGGCGGUUAUUACGACAAGUCCCGUUGGGAAUUUGAAUGGAAAUGGUGGCGGAGGCGGUGGAUCAACGCCCAGUGGUGGUGGAGGCGUGGCAGCGGGUGGCAGUGUAAGCGGUAGCAGUUCGAAUUUAACCGCCAGCAGUAAUACCCUGGCGGCUACGCCCCUAACGGGCGGUGGUAGCAACAACGGUGCCCAGUGUGCCCAGAGUCCGUCCGGACAGUUUAUACUGUCCAACAAUGGCAAAGGACACACGCAAAAAGGACCUCUGGCCACCCACGUUUAAAUAAGAGUAUUUACCCAUAAAAUCGGCAAAUAAAAAACAAAAAACCUAAAACAUUGGAUGGAGCCAUUUAGCCUAACACAUAAAUGUAUUUAAACAGAACUUCUAGUGUGUAACUGUUUUUUUUUUUUUUUUUUGUCAAAAAAAUAUUAGCGUAAUUCUCAAAUGGUGUAAACUAUUUUCGAAAAGGCCUUGCAAAAUAUAUCUAUAAAUAUCAUGGCUGAAACAUAAGGACUAAGAGAGACAUUUUUUGUGUUUGUAAAUUUUUAGCGUACACAGACCUUGAAGAAAAUAGUUUAACACCCUUUGAGUAACAAUUAACCAUAAAAAUGUAUGUAAAAAAAAAAAAAAAAGAAAUGGAAAACAAAAACCGUAUUGUGAUUUAUAGCGUUAAUUAUUUUAUGGAAAAGCUCGAUGAGUUUUGUAAUGGCAAAUUAUAUCAACUAGUGCAAAUCUUAAGCUACUUAUCAAGUAAAAAAAAAUAAACUUAUAUCAAUUAAAAACGAAACGUAUCAAAAUGAAAUGAAAGAAAAACCAGAAACCAACUACAAAACUUUAAAAGUUCAUUUUAAACAGCGAGUUGCAUACAAUUUUAAAACAAAAGAAAAACGAAAAAUCAAUUCAAUUAAAAAAAAAAAAAAACACAAUUAUAAAAUGCCUGUAGUUAGUUUCAAGUAAAAAAAAAAAACAAAACAAAACGAAAAGGAAAGUAAAAUGCAAAAGCAGCAAGCAAAAAACGAUUUUCUAAGCCAAAAUUUAUCAAAUUUUUAGACUUAAAUAUUUAUAUAAAAAAAAAAAAAACGAAACAAACUGAAUGCAGUGAGUGAAAAUUUUACAGUAAGUGCUGAAUAAAUCUGUGACCCGGUCAAGAAAAGCCAAAAAUAUCCUUUAUGAUUUAUCCUUAUAAUUUCGAAUAGAUCCUAUUGUUAUUUUGCUGCAACAACAUACAUACAUUACUUUUUAAUGCUUGAUUUUCUUAGGGAAUCUACAGUAUUAAUGAAGUUUAAAAAAAAAAAAAAACCUAAAAUCACACCUUGAAAAGUAAUAGGCAAAUAAGUCCAAAUAUUGGUGUUCAAAGUAAAUAGUAAAAUAAAAUAAUGUUUGCAAUUUCAAACUUGAUCGGGCUUGCAGGACGACUUCGGCAUCCAGAAUUCAUGUGAAAACUUGAAUAUUUUUUUGUCUAGCUGUUAAGCGAGUAAAUGAAAUUUAACUUUAAAUCAAUUAUGUAAACAAAUACAUAUAUAUGUAUAUAUAUAUAUAUAUCUAUAUAUAGAGUAUAAAUGUGUAUGUCAACGCUUAAAUUAAAUGGUUAGCUAAGAUUAGAGAGAAUGUUUGUUUUUUUUUUGGUCUGCCUAGUGGUUUAAGUCUAUUUAUAAACGUAAAAGAAACGUACAUGUAAACAAUUUUAAAAGUAAAAAAGAGAAAAAUUUAAAAAAAAAAAAAAGCUUAGAAACAAUUUGUAAAACAUUUAAGCGAUCUACCAAAAAAAAAAAAAAAAACGCCAGUAAGUGUGAAGCGUAAACUUUUUAACACGAAAUGCUGCCUUAUGAUUCCUUGUUGGGUUCUUAAUUCAUUAAGCCAAUACUGUAAUUAUAUUAUCGUCUUUUUUUUUUUUUUUUUUUUUUAACAUAUACACAAAUAUACAUAUUUAUCUAGAGUAAUACAGAAAAAUGCUUUAAAUGUUCUUCUUUUAAAUUGAUUUAUACAAUCGAAUCUAUUUCUAUUUCGAUUUCUUUCCUUGGGCUAUUUGCGCAGAGCUUUUUAAAUGGGAUAAAGUGGAUUCCGUAAAUCGGAAUAGCCGGAAAUCGGAUAUUAAGAUGGUGUUACAUUUUUUGGAUAAUUGUCAAACGAUUCAAUUAAGAGUUCAAUUACAUAGACGUUACAAACAAGAAAAAUAAGAAAAACAAAAACGAAAAAAAAAAAAAAACGAAAUGAUACAAAACGAAAAACAAAAGAAAAUUCAAAUGAAAAUCCUAUUAAGCCAAGUAAAUUAUGAUAAUUGCAAGAAACGAGUAUAAAAUGGUUCAGAAAAAUGAAAACUAAGAACGUAUUGCGUACGUGCAAAAGGAAAAGCGAAUGAAAAUGCAAUUUAAGUCGAGAUGAACUCAAACUAGUUGAAAUAAAAAUACAAGAAAGAAGUCAAAUAAAAUACUUAAAAAUGCUAAAAUAA